AUGGCGACCGGACGCGCCCGGCUCCUGCACCAGCACUGGCUCGGCGUCCAGGCGCUGCGCCUGCCUCCCGGGGGCGUCGGCGCGGCCCCCGGGAGCGGCGGGUUCAGAAAGGGGCCAGGUGUCCAAUCUGCUGCAGCCCGCGCCCCUCCAAAGCCGUCUGCCCUGUGUGAGGGGCGCUGCGGGAGGGCCCCCCCUCGCUGCCCCGUGCUCCUGGACAGCUUGCCUGCGGAAGUCCUGCUGAAGAUCCUGUCCUACCUGGAUGCUGCGGCCCUGCUCUGUGUUGGAUGUGUGAACAGACGCUGUUAUCAUCUGGCCAAUGACAAUUUCAUCUGGGUCAGAAUCUACUCAGCUGCCUUCUCGCCCAAGAGCUGCACCUGGAGAGCUGAUCCGGUGGAGAGGACGGCGGCGUCUGUGAGCUCACUGUCAGUCGAGGACAAGGAAGCUGGCUACUGGAAGAAGGAGUACAUCACCAAGCGGAUAGGCUCCGUGAAGGCCACUGUAGCUCAGGUCCUCAAGGUCAUCAACCCCUACACAGGCCUCCCGGCCAAAACCAAGGAGGCCCUCAGAAUAUCGGGUCUAGGUUGGGUAAUUAUACUGAAAGAAGAAAGUGGAAAGGAACACGUCCUGGAGCAUGUUGAUCUUUUCAUAAACGACUCCUCGGUCACGAUUGUGUGGUAUGGCAAGAACUGGCCAUGCCUGGCUGCAUUGUCCACCUUGGACUUGUGUGGCGUGACACCAGUUUUUAUGGAUCGGUCCAAGCCCACCACCAAAAAUGGACCUCGAUGGCACUCCCUGGUCGCCAAGUACAGUCUGAAGGACUUAGCUGACGCCACCUUGAUAGGCUGCGACAGAUUCGUUCGGGUCUUCCACCUCGACCCAGGCCUCCUGGUGGGGCUGUGGAAGCGGGCGGAGGAGCUGGCGUUCGUCGUGGCGAGUCUGCACUUCCACCAGCUCGUGGAGAGGAGCACGCUGGGCUCAGCCGCCGCCCCCUAUGAGCUGCCUCCUCAUACCCCGCUCUUGGACGACAGCCCUGAGUAUGGACUGCAUGGCUACCAGCUCCACAUCGACAUCCACAGCAGUGGCACCUUCUCCCUGUGCAGCACGUUCCGCAACCUCUUCACCAAGAAAGGAUGUAUUGAAAAUGGAUACGCGAAGCUCAUUGUGAUACAUUUUCAAAAUAGCGCAGAACAUCUGCCUCUUGUCGGGAAAGUCGGCCUCUCGUGGAGAACUGACGUUUUUGAUGGCUGUAUAAAGAGCUGUGCCGUGAUGGACCUGACUCUCCUGGAUGAGUACAGGAAGCCCUUCUGGUGUUUCAGUUCCCCGGUGUGCAUGCGGCCUUCUCCCAGCCCCUCCGGCGGUCCUCAUUUCGCGGGAGAGACUUACUGUAUUGAGCACAAGGACGCGGCGGGGACCGUGCACGUGCAGCUGGUGUGGCUCGAGGAGACGGAGGAGUACUUCAUCGUCAGCCUGGUCCUCUACCUCAGCACAGCGAGGAUAAACCGCUGGUUCGGGACCGAGUACUGAGGGUCAGCGGGGCGGCCGUUGUCGCUGUGUGUGUGUUUACUUUGGACUAACCAGAUUUAUUCUUGGGGUUGGAAGUCAAAA